CACGAGGCGCAGCUCUGGCGUUUGCACGCGGUGGGAGCGAAAUGGAGGACUCGGCGUCGGCCUCAGCGUCACCGUCAGCCUCCGGCUCGACUCCGACGGCCCCGACCUCCCUGGCGCAGCUGGACGGAGAGCAGAUUCGAAAGGCGGUGGAAGUCCUGGUGGCACAUUCCAAGUCCUGGAGAAAGGAGAGUGGACUGCUCUUGAACGAGAAUGACAGUUUGUUUUUGAUGGUGGUUUUGUGGAAAAUCCCCAAAAAGGAGCUGAGGGUCUCCCUGCCCUUGCCUCACGGCAUUCGCUCGGAUUUAGCAGAAGUCUGUUUAUUUGUCAAGGAUGAACCCAAUUUGACUCCUGAAAACACAGAAAGUUUCUAUAGAAAGCAUCUGAAAAAGCAUGGAAUUAAAACCAUUUCUCAGAUCAUCCCUUUCCGAACUUUAAAGACAGAAUAUAAGGCCUAUGAAGCCAAGCUCCGCCUCCUGGGGAGCUUUGACUUCUUCAUUACUGAUGCAAGAAUCAGGCGGCUCUUACCCUCACACCUGGGGAGGCAUUUCUAUCAGAGGAAGAAAUUUCCAGUGUCUGUGAACCUUCUGGCCAAGAAUUUAUCAAAAGAGAUCAAUGACUGUGUGAGCGGCACUGUCUUAAACAUCUCUAGAAAUGGCUCUUGCAGCACCAUACGCGUCGGUCACACUGGCAUGCAGGCACAGCACGUGGUCGAGAACGUCAUUGCCGUCACGGAGAGGCUCUCCCAGAAACUGCCCGAGAAGUGGGAGAGCGUGAAACUCCUGUUCAUGAAGACCGAGAAGUCCGUCGCACUGCCCAUCUUCUCCUCGUUUGUCAGCAGUGUGGACGAAGCGAGCAGAUUGUCCCUGCGGGCCCUGAAGAACAAGGAUGCCAAAAAAAAAGAAGGAAAGAAAAACCAGGAGAAACAGAAGCGGAAGAAGAAAAACAAAAAGUCAGCGGUGCAGGCCAGCCAGGCUGCGCCAGUCCCCAGUAAGGGUGACAAGGCACCUGCAGAGGGUGGUGCUGCGUUGAAGGGCCCCGCCUCCCACAAGAAGCCCGGCCCUGCCUCCCACAAGAAGCCCAGCCCCGCCUCCCACAAGAAGCCCGGCCAAGGAAAAGCCCAGCCGAAAGGGACGGAGGACUCCGAAGAUGAAAUUCCACAGCUGGUGCCAAUAGGAACGCCUCCAGCUAAAAGUGCCGAGGUAGUGAUGAAAAAGCCUUCAAAAACGAGUCCUGGUCCCAAGACACCUCGUGGCAAGAAGAGAAAGGCCUUGCCAGCUUCAGAGACCCCAAAAGCUGCAGAGCCUGAGACCCCCGAAAAAGGCCCAAGGAAGAAGCCAAAAAUCAAACAGACAGACAAAGAAAGAAGCUCCUCACUGGGGAAAAAGGACGCAAGACAGACUCCAAAAAAACCUGAGGCCAAGUUCUUCACCACUUCCGGUAAAUCUGCCAAGAAAGCUCCCAGCGCCCCCAAACAGUGGCCGAAGAAAUCCAAAGUGCUCCAGUCAACCUAAAGUCUCCGACCCGCCAGAGGAGCUGUCAGCUGCCCAAGGAACUUCACGGGAUACGAAGGCCCAGCCUACACUGCAGCCUUCGCCAAGAGCGAGGCCCGGGCUUCACCGUGGCCUGGUUGUAAGAACCGUGCUGUGAAGUGAAAUCUAUUUUUGAUCAUUCCUGUGUGUAUUUACUAAUACAACAGAGGGGAGAUAGAGUGCUUCUCCAUGGUCCUAUUUUUUUAUUAUUAAAUACAUCAUUGGCUUCUGA